AUGCGCGCCGGAAUUGUUGCUCUCCUCCUGACCGCGGCCACUGCCGUUGCUGCCACUCCAGUUCCGCAAAACGGCCAACAUCAAAUCGCUGUCCGCCAGAGCCAGGGCAACAACAAGGGCAAUAACCAAGCCAAUAAGCAAGGCAACCAGCAGGGCAACCAGCAGGGCAACCAGCAGGGCAACCAGCAGGGCAACCAGCAGGGCAACCAGCAGGGCAACCAGCAGGGCAACAACCAAGAUAACAACGUAGAUAAUAACCAAGGCGACGCCAACAACCAAGGCAACGCCAACAACCAAGGCAACGCCAACAACCAAGGCAACGCCAACAACCAAGGCAACGCCAACAACCAAGGCAACGCCAACAACCAAGGCAACGGUAACAACCAAGGCAACGGUAACAACCAAGGUAACGGCAACGCCGGUGGUGCCGCAGACUUUGGCAGCUGCGUUCCCACCAUCUCCUUCGAGCUGGGCCGUGCCAACAGGAAAGCCGACGAGGGCACCUUCUUGCCUCUCGACCCGGCCAUCCUCCGGGGACAGUCGGACGCCCUGAACCCCAACAUCAUCACCAACCGCGUCUGCGACCAGCUCGGCGCCCAGACCUGCGGCGCCAACCAGGCCGCCGUCGACCUGUGCCUCGACGCCAAGGCCCAGGUCGCCGCCGCCGGCACCAAGGACGCCACGACCGCGGAUCUGUUCAACGGCCUGCUGGGUUUCUAG